CCUCCCUCUCUCUCUCUCUGAUUUCUGAUGGAUAAGGAGCACUCAGCGCGUGGUAAACAAACUCCUCCAUCAAUUGGUUCUCCAAGGAACGAAAAGCCUGAUGGGAUCUCACAAAAGGUUAAUGGCCAUAAGAGUACCACCCCUGAAGUCCUUCAAGUCCCCAAGACUUCCAAAUUCCCUGACAGUAGCAGGUACUUGAGCCCAACGGAUCUUAUGAUGUCCCCUGUUUCCAAGAGGUUGCUUGCCAGGAACCAAAAGGUCACAACUCUCUCAAUGCAAGCAGAAAACUCCUUCAUGGGAUCAGGUCUCUUUGGAACAUAAAGUCUCAGCAUGCGUGGGCAGAAGAAUUCAUUUGCCCCCCAAUCUUAGCGAGGUCUGGAAAGAGAUGACAUCUUUCUCCUACCAAGUCUUGUGAUUGGAGUAGAGGGAGAUAGAGGGAAACUCUGCCAGCAUAUGUAAUGGAUCCACAAUGUUUUCUAGUGCUUCUUAGAGUGAAUGAAAUUAGAAUUUUUAAAUGUAUGUUUAUUCAUAUGACAAA